AUGAUACGGGCAUGGAGUAGCAAUGACUUGGUGAUGCCGGGGUGUGACACACGCCAAAUGAAGGAGGGUAGUAUCGUGGCGCGAAUGGCGAACGAUGUAUGGAAGAGAGAGGGUAGUUGA